AUGUAUGGAAGAGGCCUUUCGAUCAAAUUGGGUGGAAGGUAUAUUAUGGGCUAUCUUGCUCUUGAGCGAAAAGAUCUGGUUGUUACAUUUAGCGAGUAUUGCGCAAAUUUGUCUAUACGCGGAGGGCGGAAUUUCGGUCUUGGUGGGGAUUCAAAUUUGCAGUAUAAAAGUUAUUCGCGCAUCGGAGAUCACCAUCAGAUCUUCUCCGAUUCUUCUCACAACAAUAUGAAGGUUUUCGUAGUUUUUUGCCUGGUUGCAGGAGUCUUUGGAAGCUUGGAGCCAGUUGGUUAUCAGCCUCCUUCAAAUCGUUACCUUCCUUCUAAUAGACAAACUAAUUCGGCAACUUCUCAAAUAUCUCAAUAUCUUCCACCUGUCAAAGGUGCUUCUUCCAAUCAAUCUAAUUCUCCAACUUCGUCCGUUGGUGCUUCUCGGCGAAAUGUAGACAAUCAAUAUCUUCCGCCCUUCAAUACUCAACAGAACUCAAACCAAGCAUCUGCCAGGAACUAUUUAGCUGCUGCUAUUGAUCGUGCCUCUUUUAAUCAAUACAUUUCUCAAGCUUCGCCAUUUGGUUCUUCGGAGCAAAAUGUGGAGAACGAAUAUCUUGUGCCCUUGAAUUCUCAACAGAACUUGAACCAAGGAUCUGGAAGGAACUACUUAGCUCCUGCGAUUGAUCGUGCAUCUCCCAAUCAGUAUAAUUCUCACGCUUCGCCAUCUGGUGCUUCUCAAAGGAAUUUGGACAAUCGAUAUCUUGCACCCUAUAAUUCUCAACCAAACUUCAACCAAGGAACUGGAAGGAAUGACUUAACUCCUGCUAUCGACCGUGCCUCUUCCAGUCAAUAUAAACCUUAUUCUUCAUCAGCUUUUAGUUCUUUCUCCUCAUUCUCUUCUCCAUCCUAUCAGUCUUCCCCAUCAUCUUCUCACACUUCUUACUCUGCUCCUUCAUCGACUCACUCUGCUCAUACAAAUUCUUACUCCCCUCCUUCCAAUUUAUAUGCAGCUCCGUCACAAGGAUUCACUAGAAUGGCUGCCGGAAGUCCCUCUUCUCAAUAUCUUUUGCCAAACGCUAAACAAGGCUACUCAGGUGGACGUGACUAUCAAGAAGAAUCGGAACCCGCAAAUUACAAUUUCGAGUACCAAGUAAACGAUGGAUACGGAAACGAUUUCGGUCACAAAGAGAACCGUCAAGACGAGAAGACGUAUGGAAUUUACAGCGUCAUUUUGCCUGAUGGCCGUAAGCAGGUUGUCGAGUAUGAAGCUUCUGAUGAAGGAUUCAGACCAAAACUCUCAUACGAAGAGAUUGGAGGUGGAUUCAAGAAUGCGAAAAGCCAAAACUUCGGGGGACCUUACUGA